AUGCAACAGGCAUUACCGUGCAGUGGCGAGAGGAAGGAGUUGCUGACUGUGUUUCCACAGGAUAAGCCUUCAAAGCUUCCCGUCAUCUCAUUCAAGCAGUAUGUGGAGUCGUGGACAGGAAAGCAAAUCGCCCGCUGGAUUGAAGGUCUCGGCGACGCUAUGAAUCCGUACCUUGGAGCGAUCAGAGACAAUAUAAGGAGCGGGAAACUUCUGCAUCUGGUAGACGACGAGAUGCUGAUCGAUAUUGGAAUCACGGCUCUCGGUCCAAGAAAAACCGUUCUUCAGGCUCUGCAUCUCUUACUUUGCUUCCCAUUGACUAGGGUUUACGCUGUGUCCGUUCUGAACAGCAUCUUUCUCUCGAUAUCUGUCCUGGUCGAAAAUGUAAAGAAGCUUGUGCUUUGGUUGGACAGAAGCCCAUUUGAUGACCUCAAACAUUACAUUGAAAUACGGAAUCGGAUCUCGCUCACUAUCUGGCAGUUGGUGCGUAGUGUUAAUGUUCAGCCGAAAUCAUUGUUCAACGAUGCGUCAGAAAUUAUCCAGAUAACUAAUGAUCUCCAGCAACAGUGUGAAAAUAUUGUACAGAAUAACGACGAUCCAGUGGUGUUGUACACUGCAUACAUCGAAAGUGCUCUUCUGCGAAGACGUGACGUGAACACGAAUUGGCAUGCCUUCUACUCUAUUAAGGGUAUUAAUUUGCAAUCGUCUUUUCGUGGUGUCCACAUUAUAAGCGAGGUGAAAUUAGGAUCUCCGGCUGACCUCUGCGGUAGAAUUGAUGCUGGAGACGAAAUAAUACUAAUAAAUGGUAAGACGGUCCUCGGAUGGGAUCUCACAAAAGUUGCGCAGCGUCUUGGAUCUUCCGCAGACACGGAGCUGCAUCUGGUUGUCAACAAAAGACCCCGUCAUUCCGUUCCUCUUCCUUUCAAGAAAUCUCUUAAGCCGAAUCGGCCAUUGGCUAAAAUGAUUCCUGGUAGCCAAGCUGCAAAUACAGCUGAAAGAGAAAAGAGAGUGUUCAAGGAAGUAACAUAUCCACUGAAUCGCCGUCGCUCUUCAACAUUCGUAGCAGAAUUACUCAAUUUAAUGAAGAGGAAGGGAAGAAGACAGUUGUACUUUAGCGUCCCUGGUCCUGAUAUUCAUGAAGGUUCUAUUGCGAUUCCGCAAAUUGUUCGUCGCGCACGUACAAUGCGACAUCAGCCGGAUGGUUAUGUGAGGUCUUUCAUCGAUAACAAACUUGUCCAGGAGAUAGAGGAUGACGUCAUUGCGGAGCAAUUGCCAUUUAAUUACACUAAUAGUGUGCCGUUGGUUCCAGGUCCAACUGAAUUUGCUGAGGUGUCCAUAGUUGAACCAGCGGAAUUGUGUCGUUUAAAUAUUACGGUACCUAGUUGCUCUGAUCCUGAGUGGUGUGCGCCGUAUGAGGAAAGAUCACUGCAGAGGUUUCGCGCACCUGCAGGUGAUUCUAAUCUGUCAGGACUUAUACUUGACUCACCGAGAUGCGCUCCUGCUACAAGUGGAGAAGAUCUGUGGGUGUUGCCUAGUCCAACAUCUGUCACACCCACGUCUUCAGUUUCUAGCCCAACUCAGUACCGCCUGACAGUCUCAGGUGAUUGGAAUAAUGAGGAUACACCUCCAACACCAAGCACCCCAGAAAUGAAAGCAGCCGAGAAGACCUUCGAAGGUUGGGUCAGAAGAAGCACUGGUAUUUACAAGUUGUUCCUCGUUUUUAGAAAAACCGCAAACGAAUUGUUGGUAAACGAAGUUACUAAUAAGUGGCCAAGGUGUUGGAUGUGUUUGCGUGGACCUUAUCUCAAUAUCUAUCCAACUCAGUUUACUCGUCGUGCCGAUUUGACAAUUAAUGUUGCCAAGUGCAUUGUAUCUGACGCAACUGAACUAAAAACAUCGAAGAAGUUUGUUUUUCGAUUGUCGAAACCUCCAAUGGAGCAGCAUUUCUCCUGCUAUAAUCAGAACGACAUGAGAAUAAGUGUACGUAGCUCGAUUUCAGCUAUCUCAUACCUGGAUGGUGACCAAGGAGAUGCUCCGUUUGAUCAUUACAAUACGCUGACCAGAUUGUCAUUGUCGAUGUCUCAAAGUCAAGUUAGUGUUUGCUUUAUACUAUAA